AUGGAGAGCAGCAUAGAAGAAAGAAGGGCAGCGGAGGAAGAGGUCGGGAAAGGCAAGAGCAAGGGCAAAAGAGAUAGCAAAAGCAAAAGCAAAAGCAAAGGGCAAAUGGGUUCACAGCGGUUGGACAGAGGAGAGGGAAGAUGUUUGGUUGUCGUAGACUCGUACGGAGUAGGUACUACAAGCUACUCUGUAUGGAGUAUACUACCUUACUACCUUAAAAUUGCGGCGUUACUUACACGCCUAGUCACGUGCACGUGGGGCGUAUCAAAAUUCGCCAGAACCGCGCAAACCUCACUGCUCUUCUUGAGAUCUCUCUAUCCACUCGCAAGGAACUGCCAACGCCAAUACCUACCUGAGUAUUCUGGCCACACAUCUCAUCUGACUGACCUCCAAAAACCCAACCUCCUGGAUUUCUGUGCCCUCCUCUCCGAUUACGAGCUACGAAUUCCGGUCACCUCCCCUCUACCUAGUACCGACUUCCCUGGCGCAGAUACCCUCCCUGUGCUGGAGCUUGAAGGCUCGUGGAAUACGUUGCUGGGGCUGAGACGACUGAGCGCAGCUACGACGACUACCCCAUCUCCUUCCCCAUCUUCCCCCAAACACUCGUCGAGCCUGAGCUUGAGCGUUGGCUCGAGGACUAAAUCUGGUGGCACAGAAGCCGAAGCAUCGAUGAACAAGAAGCGAGUCUUUAGCCGAGCUUUUGCUGGCCAUGGCCCCGUUGCUGAAAGCCAGAGAUCCUUCAAGAUCGCAAAGACCAUGAUAGCAUCGUACGCGUCGGGCGACUACAAGUUCUCGGAGCGCGUUCGUAAUAUUGUCGAAAUCCAAGGCAUGGACUUCUUUAACCGCAAAUGUACGAAGCUGGUUGCUAGAGCUCUCGACUACGAAGAAGACGCCAAAUCUGCUUAUUCUGAAUCUUGUGACGGUGUGCCCAGUUGCCCCACACGCCGCGGUACGGCUGAUGGGGAAAUGGACCAGGCGUUUGCUGACGUAGAUCAAUCGGGAGAUGAAGAUGGAGAACAGGAAAAGGAGAAUGAGCCCAGGAUAGAUGACGACUCCAAGGAUGCUAAUAGGCUAUCGGGGUCAUCUUCCGCCUCGUCCGAGUCUACUCAAUCUUCCGAGUCUCCUAGAUCUUCCUCCGAAUCCGAGUCAUCUGAGGGCUUAGAGAGAGAGGGUUCAUCUGACCGGUCUGUUGAGCUCCCAGGUUCACCCUAUGAGCCUGUUGAGUACUCCGAGGAGUCGGCCAACAUUAUCAAGCGAAUAGAUGCCGAGGUGCCCAAGCAAGUCAACGGUGGAAGCCGGAUCGACAAGCAAUUAUCUCUCCACAAAAUGGCUAAUAGCGAAAAGGAGCUCGAUCAGUUCAAGAAGUACGGGGACCUGAACGACAAUGAGUGGGAAACCGAAGAUCCAAACCGAUACAGUAACGACGAUCCGAACAGAAAAGUUCACGAUUUCGAAUACCAGAGCCCCCCUUCCAUAACAACCAAUGAAAAGGAAUAUAAGCCAGAACCAUUCCCUAAUUACGUCGAACCAGAUCCUUCUGAGCUUGACCUUAUCGCUGAAGACAUUUUCGAUUUUGGGACUCGCAAUAACAUUACCGAUACUUCCACCGACGACUCAUCCGCAUCUGCGUCCACAUCUACCGCCGAGGCUAUUCCAAGUAGCCCUGAGAGCAUCGUCAACUUCCGACCUCUCAAUCAAAAGCCAUCCUUCAAGUUUACUCCAUCCUCGUCCAUCGCCAGCAAGCUUCCAGAAUUCCUCGCUUCGAUGAAGGCCGCUAAUGACGCUCUUCAGGCUGACAUCGCCGCAGGAAGGCUGGGGGAUCAUCUGCUUGAGAUCAACGAUGCUACCCAGCAGGAGCGUGGAGAUGAUCCAUACGUCGAGAUGAACCUCGGCCUUGGUGUCCUCGAAGAGACCACCAGCCAUAUCAGCUCGUCUGAUAACGGUAUCAAUGAACCUGACGUCUCCACUCGGUCCAUUAUUGAUGCCGCUCUUCAAAAGUCCACCAGUGGCAAGAAAUCUGUAGCUAUCGAGGAGCUUUGA